AUGGCCACACGGGAAUGCUAUGUAGCCAUGAUGGAGAUGGAAGACCAGGUCCAAGCCCUGAACAUAGAAGAGCACCGAAUGGUGACGGAACCAAUAGAGAAACUAGAGGAGAUAACCCUUAACAGCUCCAAUCCUGACCGAACAACCAAGAUCAAAACGCUCGCUAACCCCGCAAUCCGUCAAGAACUCAUAACUUUCCUGAAGAACAAUCAAGACGUGUUUGCCUGGAGUCAUGAUGACAUGCUAGGAGUAGACCCUUCGAUCAUGGUACACAGGUUGAACGUGUUGUCCUCCUUUUCACCCGUCCGACAGAAGAAGAGAGUGCUUGCUCUAGAAGAAGACCAAGCAAUAGCGAAAGAAGUUUGCAAACUACAAGAGGCAAGCUUCAUUAGGGAAGUCUACUACCCCGAUUGGCUGGCGAACGUAGUAAUAGUUAAAAAAGCAAACGGAGAAGACUUCAUUCGUAACCAGUCAAGGCCUCUUAUGCUACAAAGUAAUGCCAUUCGGACUGAAAAACCGGUCGCAACGUACCAAAGGCUGAUGAACAAGAUGUUCGUGCAGCAGAUUGGGAGAAAUGUCCAGGUCUAUGUUGGUGACAUACUAGUGAAGAGCCGAAGGGAGGAGGAUCACCUGGAAGACCUUAGAGAAACAUUUGGCACUCUUCGUUCCUAUAACAUGAAGCUCAAUCCAGGGAAGUGCGCCUUCGGCAUGACAACUGGAAAAUUCCUAGGAUUCGUGAAGUCUUUUGAGUGGACGGCCGAGUGUCAGCGAGCAUUCGAGGAGUUAAAAGCCUAUCUAUCUUCACCACCGUUGCUGAGUCCCUCGCAACUAGGUGAAGAACUCUUCCUCUACCUGGCUAUCUCCCCUGCUGUAGUCAGCACAGCCUUAAUUAGAGAAGAGGACAGGGUGCAGAAACCCGUAUACUACGCCAGCCGGGUGCUCUGCGGUGCCAAAGAAAGAUACCCACCUAUGGAGAAACUUGCCUUUGCAUUAGUCACGGCGGUUUGCAAGCUCAAGCCAUACUUUCAAGUCCAUACGGUGAACGUCAUGACCGACAAGCCCUUACGACGGGCAAUGAACAAUCCUGAGGCUGCAGAAUUUACUUAUGACGAGGACAAGGGGACAGAAGAGUCCCCUCAGUGUAGCAUAUAUACUGACGGAUCAUCCAAUAGACAAGCCGGGGGUGCCGGCAUCGUACUGCUCUCACCCGAAGGAGACAAGGUUGAAUGUAUGGUCCGUCUUGACUUCCCAACCACCAACAAUGAAGUGGAAUACGAAGAAUUAGUAGCAGGCCUCGACCUCACCAAAGCUGCAGGAGCCACAAGCGUAGUCAUUUACUAUGACUCUCAGGUCGUAGCCAAUCAAGUGAAUGGAGAUUAUGAAUGCAAGGGUGAAAAGAUGAAGAGAUACCUUGAUCAAGUAAGGGCAAGAGUUGACGACCUAGAAGCCAAAAUCAUCCAAAUCCCUAGAGAAGAAAAUGAGCACGCCGACCGUCUAGCCAAGACCUCUUCAGCAGAGCAUAUGAUAACCCCUGACGAGAAGGAGGCAGUAAGAAAACUGAAGGUCCAGGCGGCAAGGUUCGUCUUGAUAAAAGACGUCCUGUACAAAAGAGGCUUCUCUCGUCCAUAUCUGAGAUGCGUGGGUACUGAAGAAGCAGACUAUGUUAUGAGGGAGGCAACCAACCGAAGAACUGACCCCGAUGACGGCCCCAUGGCCGUUCGCUCAAUGAAGACUAGACAUUAUGGGAACUUUCCCUACAGCGGUACGACAGCUGAAGUUCCUGGUAGUGGGUUUGGUAUUCCUAAAGUCCUAGUCUCGAAUAACGGGAGGCAAUUCGACAACGACUACUUCUAG